GGCGCCGCCCGCUGCCGUGGACAGCCUGACUGCUGCUGCGUCAGGGGAGUCUGGGAACUCCGGCUGCAGUCUGCGCAAAGACCGUGGCGCAAACAGGAUCCACAGAAGAACCAAACAAGAUCAUGAACGGCCAGCUGCCACGCGCCUUCGAGGAGAAGAAGCCGGUCCUUCCCGCAGCAGCUGGGAGUUCUAAGGAUCCCCCCACCUUGCUGGAGUCCUCCUCCCCCCAUGACCCGGCCUUCUACAGCGUGCUCCACGGCUCGCAGGACCUUUACGCGGCACAGCAGCCGUACCCGGCUCAGCACAUGAACCCGUACGGGUACCACCACUACGGCCUGAAUGGGAUGGGCCCCAGCGGCCCCUACAAGGCAGACUACCCCCUCCCGCACGGUGCGAUCAGGGAGCACGGAGCUUUCUGCAGAGAGGCGCAGACAGCGCGGCAGGACAGCGUGAAAGAGGAACCAGAAAUGGAAGUUCGGUUGGUCAAUGGGAAGCCUAAGAAGGUGCGCAAACCCAGGACCAUCUAUUCCAGCUAUCAGUUGGCAGUUUUGCAGAGGAGGUUCCAGACAGCCCAGUAUCUGGCCUUGCCGGAGCGGGCUGAACUGGCUGCCCAGUUGGGCCUCACACAGACCCAGGUCAAAAUUUGGUUUCAGAACCGUCGCUCCAAGUUUAAAAAGCUCUACAAGAAUGGAGAGUUUCCACUUGGGGAAAUAGCAUGUGAAGACAGCCCAGAUGCCAGCGAUUCUAUGGCCUGCAACUCUCCCCCAUCUCCAGCUGUGUGGGAGAACACGAGCAGCAAUACCAGCAACACCAGCAGCGUCAGAAACACAAGCAGCAUUAAGAACAAUGCAGUACUGGAUCCUGCCAGCAGGGAACAGGGUCUGUAUCAGCCUCCAGUGGGGUCCUCGCCUGCUUACAUGGACGAGUUUAUGCACCAGAACUGGUACCAGCAGCAGCAUUUAGGCUUACCACAGUCAGACCAGAUGCACCACACAGCAGCUCCAUCAGACACACAGAGUAUGCGAGCCAUCUAUUGAUCCAGGAAAUUGGACUCUUGUUAAAAAAUAUAUAU